AUGUGGGAAGUGGAGCCUGGUCCCAGGCACCGCCCGCAGAACAGAAGGCAAAGCCAUCUGGGGUCUAGAGCCAGCUUGGGGAUCCUGCACUACGCAGCCGCAGCUUUCCAGGGAGCAGCCCUGGAAAACGCCAAGGGCGGACAGAGCGCUUUGAAAAGGGCCGAGGGCCGUGUCUUGGCGAGACCGUGGGAAAGUCUCAGGAGCUGUCGCCGCCCGGCCUCUUCCCGGCUCGCCUCCAACCUUGGCAGAUGCGCCACCUGUCCUCCCGCCCACCCGCCUACGGAUGCGGGCCGCCUCGCGCAGCUCCCGCAGUGCGCAGGCGCGAGGGCUGGGGGCGGGGCGGACGCGCGGUCGGGCGGGAAGGGACGGCCGGCGUGGGCGCCCUCCCGGGUCGAAGCCCUAGCUGAGGAGGAGGUUGUGACCAACUGGCAGUCCGAGAGCUGCAGCCGCUCUCCUUACGGAAUGGAGAGGACGGCUUUGGCUGUCUGCGAGAUUUUAAGAUAUUUAAUAAUCCACUGGAAAAGUGAAGCAGGAGCAGCAAAGGAAACAUUGCUGGAUGGGCAACUAGUGAUUUCCAUAGAAGCAUUAUGUUCUAAGCACCUGCCAGAUUCUCUGCAUUGCAUAAUAACUAUUGCUUCUACUGGAAGUGUUUGUGGUGGUUUGAACUUCAAGAAGUUUCUACAAGAAAUACAGCCUGUGCUACCCAGGCUUUCUGCAAAGCUGACUCUGGCUUCAGAGGACGGGGGCUGUCCUCAAGAUACAUCAGGCAUAGCACCCUGCCAGAUGACUUUUGAGGUUGAUGAAAAUUCUGGAAGUUUGAUGACAGACUGUCUGGUUAUAAAGCAUUUUUUACGAAAAAUCAUCAUAGUUCAUCACAAGUCAUACAAUCAAAUCAUGAUUGAUUUGAGAGAUGACUUAGAUUUUGUUUUUGGUUUGAUUUGCAGGGCAGAGAAUGAACCUACCUUGAGACUGGCCAAUGGAAUCACUCUUGUUGUGGGCUUUCAGCGCUAUGUGAGUAAACCGAAGUUUAAUUGGAGUGAACCACACUGCAGCAGAAUCCACCCUGUGCUAGGACAUCCGGCCCCACUGUUCAUCCCUGAUGCCAAGGCUGAUGUGAGCCUGUUGGGAGAACUGACUCUGACUCCGGCUGCUGCUCUGUGCCCCAGCCCCAAGGGGUUCUCCAGCCAACUGCACAGGAUUUCUUCAGUUUCCAUAUUUCUAUAUGGACCUUUGGGUCUGCCUCUGAUAUCAGACCAGAGGCAGUCAAGUACUACUGUCUUCAGAGAUACCUCUUAUUUCAUUGACUGGAAGAAAUACAGUUUGUUUAUGGUGCCCAAUUUGGAUCUCAAUUUGGAUACACAGUCUGUGCUUCCAGAUGUGAAUUAUAAAGUGGAGUCGCCUGAGGGGAAUCAGUCUCAGAAUAUGAACGCACAGGGAACAGCUCUGCUACUUUUCCUGUUCGUGGAUUUCCAAAGUGGUGUGCCAGUACCACAAGCGAAAAUCUGGGGACUCCACACCUUGCUCACAACCCAUCUCAGCACCAUCCUCUCGGAGAGCCGCAGCAUGGUACAACAGUCCAUCCAGUCAGCUGUGGAUCAGGUCUGGCAACUGUACCACCACGAUGCCAAGACUCAGCAGAGACUGCAGGCCUCCCUCUCGGUGGCUGUGAAUUCCAUCAUGAGUGUGCUGACUGGCAGCACCUGCAGCAGCUUCAGGAAGAUGUGCCUCCAGGCUCUUGAGGCAGCUGACACACAGGAAUUUGGUGCCAAACUGCACAGAAUAUUUUAUGAUAUCACCCAGCACCAAUUUCUGAACCACUGCUUAUGUGACACAGAGCAGCACUUGAAUCCAGAGAAAAAUAUUUCAGCCCAGAACACCAAAGACCAGCACAAGAAUAUUGGCCAGGAAUUCCCUGAAGAAUCCAUCGGGCAAGCAGAAAACAAGAGGCUCAAGAGGGGCAGCCCCAACCAUGGCAGCGAAGAAUCGCGAGGUCUGGGCUCAGCAAGGGACCUGAGCCCACCAAAAUCCGCCACGCGCGACCGCGAGCUCACCGAGGCCUCCCUCACUGCUAGAGGAUCGCAGACCCCAGCGGCCCACGGCAGGGCCCAGGCGGCAGACGCAGCGAGCCCUCCGGGCGGCCUGGAGGUACCGCAGCGAGAGCAGGACGGGCGGGGGCCUAAGCUACCGCCUCCGGGUCCUCACCACCGCCUCCUCUGCUCCCGCAGGACUUGUGGCUGCAGGAGGUAGCCAAUCUGUCCGAGUGGCUGA